AUGUCUGCUAAUGCCUCCCGAUUCGAACUUGGCCCAUUGGACCUCUGGGACGGUGGCCUUCAAGGCCUAUUUGACCCACUGUCAUUCUCCCAACCCCGAGAGACUUACCCGGCUACCCAGGUCACCGAGUCCAUCAAUGGUCCGAACACCAACCAAUCGCUCGCGAUCCUCCCUCAAUGGGCCACAACGAGCUCGUGGAAUCCGACGCGGUCUCAAGAGGCAACGGUUCCACUCCCAGAGACCACUUCUGCGACCACGCCUGCGGCUCGUCCUCGCCGUAGAAGGCCAUCUCGGCGCGUCAUCAAAGCCUGUGCUGACUCAAACGACGAAGAAGACCCAAAAGCGAGGGAGAGGCGGGAGGCGAACGCGGAGUCACAGCGCGGGACCCGUCGACGGGCCAGAGACAGAUUGGCCAACGCACUGCAAAGAGCAUUAGUCGCUGAGAGCCGGGUCGCAGAGCUAGAGAGGACGUGUACGCAGCUGCAGACCCGGGUGCAGAGAUACGCGGCGAUGCUCAGGGCGAAUGAUCUGCGUGCAGACCCCCGCGAUCUUGAGGAAGGCAUCGGAGAGGGAACUUUGACGAGUGGUACCGGUGGAGCGCAGGGCUUUGGAGUCCUGCUACAUGAGGUCAAACAUAGUUUUGCCACCCGGUGGCGAAAGCAGCCCGCACAAUUGCUCUGUCAACCGCGCACCGGACAACAAAGGUGCUUCAAGGUAAGGCACGGAAAGCGUGGGUCAGCCUGUCAAAGGAGGAAUCGACCUCCGCACCAGUGCGCCAGUCACUGGUACAUUGUCAUCAGCCAGGCCCGCUGUUUGCGCCUGCGUGUUUCUCUCUUCUCCCUUCGUUUACCCAAUUCGCAUUCACUCCCGUCAGAAAUGGCCACUCUGGAGGAGCAACUUCUCGCACUGCUACCUGGACACGACACAAUUGAAGCAGUCUUCGGAUCGAACACUCAGCAGGAUGAUGGCAACGAGAGAGCUGGUGAUGAGCCAGACAGUGUCCAUCCAUCCGACCUCCCAUUCGAUUGGUUUGCUGGCAUCGAUGCUCUCAACGCGGCCAACACUCUCGCAUCUCGGACCACGGCAUCUGGGAGUGGAUCAACAGAGAUGCAUGGCACUGUCAACGAAGGGAACGAGAGACAGGAAGCCCGGUCAGGUGGCGGGAAGAGUACCCCUCGUCGGAGCGGAGGAGUCAGGAGAGGCACUUGCGGAUCGUGCGGUGCUUCCAGGCAGGUCAGCAAGCCGCUCUCAGAACACCCUUCCGCCAAGAGGGCGCGACUCUGGCGCGCGGGGGUCAGGCUGAGGAAGCUCAGAGGUGAUGAAACGACACAGACCGAGACAGAGAUGCCAACGGCAUCGGAGCGAGAGGCAGAACUGUUCAGCUUGUGGCAAGCUGCGGCGGAGCACGCCGAGUCACUCAGCCUGCAGCUGCAACUUCUCAAAGAACACAACGCUACGAUGAUGGGUAAGCUGUCCGCGCUCGAGAAGCAAAUCGAUCGGCAAGGAACCGGAUUCGGUUCGACAUCGAGGCAAGAGAGACCGCUGGCGACCCCGGUGUCAGUGGAGCGUGACGGGAGUGACGGUACAUACGUAUCGAUGGAUGGUCUGUCAUUGGAGGACACUGGCAUGACCACCGGGGCCUGGGGAGCAGGAUCCGAGAGCUUGUCGAGGCGCCGGGUUACGCCUGCUCUCAUUCUCCAAAGCGGAGGUCAUUGUGUCGACAGUCCAUGGUGA